UAACAUGGAGAGGCGCACGUCUCCCCUUCUCCUCUAUCAGCGAACCACGCCUCGUGCUGCCUUCUAACGCCGGCCAUAUUGACUAUUUUAGCUAAUCUCCUUGCGGUAGGUUGUAGAGCUUCUCUAACCAUCACCGUUAUAACAGUGUUGCGUGCCAUCGGAUAUACAGUGAUCGCAACGUGGAAAUAAAAGUUCGCCUUUAUCUGGAGUGUGGCUACAUCGUGGGGGAUAAUGUCAUUAUUUUAGAAAACGCAGUGUUUUCCUGUGGGCCCUACAAUCCUGUAAUAGAGGACAAGUUUUUCUUCUUUUCUUGAUUACGUGGGAAGGGAGGAGAGGAGACAAAGAUGCCGAAACCAAUUAAUGUGCGUGUGACUACUAUGGAUGCAGAGCUGGAAUUUGCCAUCCAACCCAACACAACUGGCAAACAGCUCUUUGACCAGGUUGUGAAGACGGUAGGUCUGCGAGAGGUCUGGUUUUUCGGUCUGCAGUACGUGGACAGUAAAGGCUACUCAACAUGGCUAAAGCUAAAUAAAAAGGUGACUCAGCAGGAUGUUAGAAAGGAAAACCCUCUACAGUUCAAGUUCCGGGCAAAGUUUUUUCCAGAAGAUGUUUCUGAAGAGCUCAUCCAAGAGAUAACACAACGUCUCUUCUUCUUACAGGUGAAGGAAGCCAUUUUGAAUGAUGAGAUUUACUGCCCUCCGGAGACAGCAGUCCUACUGGCAUCUUACUCUGUUCAGGCCAAGUACGCCGACUACAACAGAGACAUCCACAAGCCUGGUUACCUCACCAAUGACAGGCUGCUACCACAGAGAGUUUUGGAGCAACAUAAACUGACUAAAGAACAGUGGGAAGACAGAAUACAGACGUGGCACGAGGAACACAGGGGUAUGCUGAGAGAGGAUUCUUUGAUGGAGUAUCUGAAGAUCGCUCAGGAUCUGGAGAUGUAUGGAGUGAACUACUUUGACAUCAAAAAUAAGAAGGGAACAGAGCUCUGGCUGGGAGUGGAUGCUCUUGGUCUCAACAUUUAUGAACAUGAAGACAAGCUCACACCAAAGAUUGGUUUCCCUUGGAGUGAGAUCCGAAAUAUUUCUUUCAACGAUAAGAAGUUUGUCAUCAAGCCCAUUGAUAAAAAAGCACCCGACUUUGUGUUCUAUGCACCACGACUGCGAAUCAACAAGCGCAUCCUGGCUCUGUGUAUGGGCAACCAUGAGCUGUACAUGAGGAGGAGGAAGCCUGACACCAUUGAGGUGCAGCAGAUGAAGGCUCAGGCCAGAGAAGAAAAACACCAGAAACAGAUAGAGAGAGCUCAGCUUGAGAAUGAGAAGAAGAAACGAGAGCAUGCAGAAAAGGAGAAGGAGAGAAUAGAGCGAGAAAAGGAUGAGUUAAUCGAGAGACUGAGACAGAUUGAAGAACAGACGAUAAAAGCACAGAAAGAGCUGGAGGAGCAAACACGCAGAGCUCUAGAGCUUGAACAGGAGCGAAGAAAAGCAAAGGAGGAGGCAGAGAGGCUGGAGAAAGAGAAACUGGCAGCCGAGGAGGCCAGAGCAGCACUGGCCAAACAAGCAGCUGACCAGAUGAAGAACCAGGAACAAUUGGCAGCUGAGUUGGGAGAAUUUACUGCCAAAAUUGCCCUACUGGAGGAUGCCAAGAGGAAAAAGGAAGAUGAGGCAACAGAAUGGCAGCAUAAAGCAUUGUCUGCUCAGGAAGAUUUGGAAAAAACCAAAGAGGAGCUGAAGUCGGUGAUGUCGGCUACAGCGGGUGGUGCAGCUGAGAACGAACAUGACGAGCAUGACGAGAGCAGUGCAGAAGCCAGUGCUGAGCUCUCUAAUGAUGGAGUUGCUCACCAACGAAGUGAGGAAGAAAGGCUCACAGAGACCCAGAAGAAUGAACGUGUCAAAAAACAGCUACAGGCCUUGAGCUCAGAAUUGGCCCAGGCCCGUGACGAUUCCAAGAACACCCAAAAUGAUGUUUUGCAUGCAGAGAAUGUGAAGGCUGGCCGGGAUAAAUACAAGACCCUACGCCAGAUCCGCCAAGGCAACACCAAGCAGCGUAUCGAUGAGUUUGAGUCCAUGUGAUGGCUGUACAUCCUCUUUGAUCACCCCAAUUUCCACCCUGUAGCCCUAAUGCCUUGAUGGCUGGCUUACAAGCUCAGCUUUUGCCUGCCCAUACCUCUCCUAUAGACCAAUGAUCCUUGACCUUUGACCCCUAUAGAGAGGCUUGAGGGACAUGGCUGCCACUCCCUCAAACUCUGCCAAAGCUCUCUCCGCCUGUGAUCAGCCCAUCUGGCUGUUUCCACGUAUUGAGCUCCUCAUAGCCCUACUCCAGAUUCGCCCAGUUAGGAGCAAGUGGUGCAUCGUACCAAACUCUUGAAUGAUGAUUUUGAUUUACUUUAAAUGCUUGGAAAUAUGUAUUUUAGAAGAGCCUGAAAUGAGUUUAAGCAAAAAUCUUUUUUUAUUAAA